AUGAGCUCGAAUUUCCAAGGAAGUCAUGGCCCGGGGCCUCGUCCUGGGCCACGUCCUGCUGGACCCGAACCAGACAGGAAAGGAUCCGUCAAGCGAGCGAGGGAGUUGCUGGAAGCAGGAGUCCGUCCAAAGCGAACCUCGACCACGGCGCCUGUACCUGCUCUCCAACCGAGACCGUUCCCACCUCCGCCUAGAAACGCCUCCCACCAAACACAAUGGCCCCUACCGGCGACGGGCCUCCAGCCACGACCGCUGAACCCGCAACAGCACCCUCGAUAUGUCGGGCCUCGGGGCCCUCCUCCGCAACGCCCACCUCGUCCGAGUGAGGUGCCCUCGCAGAUCCCGUCGCCGUCAAUCUACUCUGUCCGAAGUGGACUCGACUCUGAGACCAGCUCGAAUUAUCCGUAUCCAACCCGGCCAGCUCGGUCUUUCUCUCAGCCCAAACUAGUUGUGCAAAACCAGCAUCCGCCACGCCCGUCGACAGCCGAUGGCUCUUGUCCAAGCCCAACCAGUACCGUGGAUCUGACACCUCGUAUAUCGAUUGCUACCGAUGAUUUGUUCCGGCACUCAACGGCUUCCGGGUCCUCUUCUGUCCCUGAUGUGCCUCCUGUUCCACUACCAGAGUCACCUCAGCCUUUGGCUAAUGCCCAGCAACGCAAGACUGCAGGUCUCGCUGCACCCAGUGCUCACAAGGCUCGAGCUCGGAGGUCAUCUGUCUCGCCUAUUCCAGAAGAACUACCGGACCCCCGCCAAACACUCGGAUCCCUCGCCUCCAGCCGUGCAAUCCCUUCGAGCUGGGGCUCCGGGCCUGCGGAAUCAGAAAUCCUAGGCGCAUAUCUUGAUAUUGAAUCCGAUGGCGAAGGGAGUGCGGAUCAUAGGCCCGUUGAAGAGAACGCCGCUCUGGUUCGAAGUGCCAGUCUUGGAAAACGGGGCAAGCCAACCAUGCGUACGAUCCUCAAGUCGAACACGGGUUCCGAAGUCUCAAUCCCCGAUGCCCCCACCCAAAACAAGGAGAACGAGAAUUCUCAGAACGAAAAGCCCGGCAAGGCCAUUAUUGCCCCUGCCUCCAUUGGCCAGGUCUUGCGUGCGCCCAGCCCCCGACGCAAGUCUGUCUCAACGGUCUCGGGUGAAUCAUUCAUCGACCCGGAAAAGCCGCGCUUUGCUCAGCCCGCUCAGGUAUACCACAAUGCCGCUCUCGAGAAGGAACUCGAAGUAUUGCCCGCUGCUGCGCCGACGAUGAGUGAUAAGCGGCCUGGUGGCCGGAAACCGCCUCGUCUUGAUAUGGGUGCUGUCCGGGAUGCCGAGGCCCGUGGAAGUCUUUCCAGCUUGACGGACCUCAUUCGUCGUGCAACUAAACUCGCUACCAACCUGGAUCACGGAAGAACGGCCAGUCGAACGGACCUGGUUGCUUCUGAAGCUGAUCGCCGGGGCCCAUUCGGACGCCGCCGCAACUCCGGCUCUAUUUCUGAUAUUCUCAAUUCAUUCCCUAACCCAGCCCUAGCAACCCCAGAUGAAAACCGCGGAUCCUGGCCCGUCUUUUUCGGUCGCUCAAAUCUCCGCAAUGGCGAAGCUCUCGCCUCCAACGAAGAUGAAGCGAAACAUCAAAAGGCCUCGCGGAAAUGCUGUGGCAUGCCCCGCAAAUGGUUUAUUAUUCUCUGCAUCGUCCUGUUCAUCAUUGUCAUUCUCGCCAUCCUCCUCCCCGUGUUCCUGGUAGCUGUCCCAAACGAAAAGUCCAAGAACGACGACACUACUAGCUGCGCCAAGUCUAAUCCCUGCUCGAAUGGCGGCGUCAGCGUCUCGAGCGGUACGCAGUGCUCUUGCGUCUGUUCGAAUGGAUAUACAGGCUCGACCUGUACGGCGGCCGGUGAUAGUAGCUGUGUCAAUUCGGAUGUCGACAAUGGUACUAUUUCCAAGAAAGCUACGAUGGGCUCUUCCCUGCCCGCCCUGUUCAACGAGUCAGAUUCCAAGUUCGGUAUUACACUCGAUUCGGUGACGAUCAUGGCGCUGUUCAGCAUGAAUAAUAUCUCCUGUAAGACGGAGAAUGCUCUCAUUGCUUUCAGCGACGUCGACCGCAGCAGCAGCAGCAGCGGGAAGAUCCGCCGCUCCGUCGACCUGGAGACCGCUGGCACCGUAGACUCCACAGCGGCUGAUAGUACGAAUGACAAGCCAAUGGGUCUCCCCAUCCGACCAGCUGACGAUGCGACUCCGAUUGCCCUCGCGGCCCGGUCAAUGGCCACAACUAACGGGAUUCUCUACGACAAUAGCGGGAAUCGAGGAGAGCCCUCCAAGACAACCUCCACCACAUCUGACUCCCAGGGUACUGCAACAACCACGGGUACUAGCACAGCUACGUCGAUCACAUCGACUUCAUCUGCCAAGGCCCGAUCCACUGGGGUCCCCGACGAUGUGGUCGAGUUCUCUCAGAUCGCCGUCCUCUACAUUAUGCAGGAAACUGGCUCGUUCGACUCGGCUCUCUCUUCUGAGAAAGAAAUUGAAACGUACUUGACUGAGUCGUAUGCCAAUACGUCGUAUCCCACCAUGGAAUUGAUGGGGACGUUUGCCCUGGAUUUUGCUAAUAAAACGAUCACCCUGGAUAACGGAGAUGGGAAGACGGUGCAUUGA